AACACCACAAAAAAAUACUAAUCUGCGUGACAGCUGUCAGUUUCCAAUGUAGACAAUCGUAUUCUUUUUACUGAAAUUUCAAUCGCGUCCCAUUUUAGUGCUCGUCAAGCGAUUUUCCUUGUCUUUUCUUCAGUUUUUAUGAUAGCCUACUAGCUGUCUAGCAUGCACAUUCCUCGGAGGACGGACACACCUGCGAAUAAUAACAGUGGCAAAGCAAAAUGAUUUGUUGAUCUUUGAACUGACCUGAAACUUGUCAUCUCUUCGUAGAUGACCAUGUGUUUACUCAAGAAAAGUGGUUUUCUGUAGAAAAGAAGGCAUGGUCCUAAUUUUAUCCUACUCCAAAACACCAGGUUGAAAUGGAAAACCUUCUGACUAUGUCUGCCCUAGUAGGGGACGAGAUGGGGGCCUCUGACUACAGGCUUUCCUCGGCCCAGGCUGCCAUGGCUGCUCCAUGGAACUACAGCAGUCAUGUCAAUUUAAAUGAUCUUAAAAUGGACAGUAAUUUUGCCUGGCUUCUGUGCUCUCUUGUCUCUGCCAUGGCUUGGGUCAUAUAUAUUACUUAUUAUAGUUCUAGAGUUAUUGGUCAUUUGCUUACUUAUUUAUUAAACCGGUUUUUCAUUCAAGAGGGUCAUUUUAAAGUUGGUUCCUUUACAUGGAAUGUCCUCUCGGGGAAGAUAAUGUUCAGAGAUGUGUCUUAUAUUACCUAUGACUACACAUUGAGAGUUCAAGACGGAUAUCUCAUCUUUAGAUGGUGGCGUUCAUAUGUCCCCAAAGAUGUUUCUGAAGAUCUUUCUCACUCUGAUACCAGACUUUCUGUCAUGCUGAAUGGUUUUGAGCUACAUGUUUACAACAGAUCACACAUGUAUGCCAGAUUAGAGAGAGUGUUUGGCCUGGAAUCAUUGCUAUUUCCAGGAGAAAGCCCCUUUAAAGAUGAUGAAGAUACUGCUGCCACCACUGCUCAGCAACAAAGACCUCAGCCUGGUGCUAUGCUUGGGAAGAGUUGGCGUGAUUUAAUACCUGUCAUCAAGGUUGAUGUGUCAUCAGGUAGAGUUGUGUUUGGAAACAGACUUGUCCCAACCACAUUAUCAGUGAAUGUGGAAGAAGCCCAUUUUGUAUACUCAACAAAACCUGCAGCAUCAAGAUUGGACCAUUUUAUGCACUUCACCAAAUGUAAAGCUGAAAACUUCAAGGUGAUUCUUGCCCCAAGCCCAAAGUACACUGGAAUGGUAGAUGAUCCCCCUCGUUACAUGGGUGAAGGAUUUGUUGUACUUUCAUCAAAUAACAUUGAGAUGUACUAUUAUAUGGAUGAGCCAGGAGUAGUGCCAGAACAUCCAGAAAUGUUGCGACUAGCUAAUGGUGAUAUAGUUGAGUCAGCGCCACCAAUAUGGGGAAUGGACAUAAAGUGUGGAAAAGGAACAGACUUCAGCUAUGGACCAUGGGCUGAUAGACAAAGAGAGAAUCUUUUUAAGUUUUUCUUUCCCAAUGACUGUCAAUCUAUGAAAGUUACAAAACCUCUAGAACCGGGAGAAAAACGUCAAGUCCAAUCCUUUGAUAUUCGCCUAAGUACUCUUAAUGAAGCCACCAUUGAUAUUCUCUUUUCCAAAAAUAAGGAAACAAAUGCAAUUCAUAUUAACAUUGGCCCCGGGUCAUAUCUAGAAAUAACCAUACCAUGGAUAGUACAGCCAGAUGGUUAUACAACAAAAGUAAAUGGACAGCUAUUGCAUCUUGAAGCAUCUACCAGCUUGCAAUACCGCAGCUUGGUUGAAAGUGAAACUUUAGAAUUUGGUGUGAAGUGUCACUACCCUCUACGGUGGAAUGACCAUCAAGAAUGGAUCCUUAAUCUUACUGGAUGUAAAGCUACUGUUAAUCUUAUUUUUGCCCAUAAACAUUUCUUCCAAGACUUGGUUAAUGACUGGGCCAGCAAAGCUCGGCCUGACUUACUGCAUUUCAUUCCUUACACCUGGAAGUUGUCUCUCCGCCUCAUGGAAUUUGAACUUAUUACUCUUUGUAAUGAAUACAACUGGAUAGACUGCUCAUCACAGAACCAAGAAAACUCACAUAUUGCCUUCUGUGGAGACCUCUUUGAUCUAUCUUUUGAUCUCCCAUUUGUGGACUUCCUACCACCGACAGUUCCCUUGCGGUUUUGGAUACAGGGAGAAAGUGUUGAUUUAACUCUCUACUUGCCUGAAGUAAACAGUAGUAGGAACAUUCUCUUGGCUUUGGAUUCCAAUGCCAAAAUUCUGGGCAGAGAUGGUAAUCUCAGACAGAAGUGUGAACAUGUUAGGAGGUGGAGAAAUGUUUGUCAGCGAAGUACCGGCUGGGUGGACUGCUGGUCUGUUCCGAUUGUGGCCUUGAGUAUUCAUUACACUUACCAUCCAGCACCUCCAUUAGGGCCACCUCCACAGGCCAACAUAACUACUCCUGAAAAAGAGGAAAUACUACUGUCUCCAAUGAGAAUACCUCAUGGCCGUAAAACAUCUAAAAUGCAGUGGCAGCAGUUUCAGGAUGGCAAUCAAAAGUUAGACCCAACAACAAUGCCUGCUGAUACAGUUUUGGUGGAGCUGGAGAUUGGGCCCUCAGUGAUGUUGCUCUAUGGUUCACUGCUGCGCAAUUUCAUGCACUUGAAGGAAAAUAUAUUUGGAGACGACCAAGCAUUCACUGAUAUGACACAAAGUCAAAGUCCAGCACCAAGUUCACCAGCACCAGGGGUUACAGUAAAUGCUCCAUCGGUUAGUGGCAAUGCUGCAUCAUCAACAAGCACAUCUACAACACCACAGCCACAAAUUCAGAUAAGGAAACAUGCUGAUUGUAGGGAAUACAGGCCUCUGCAAGUCACUGUUUCUGUGACUAUGCAUGAUAUUCAGGCUCAUCUUGUCAAGAAUUGCGGCGAAAAAGAUCCUCCCUGCCCGAUCAUUCUGGUGGAACGCUUUGGGUUUGAAAUGUUGAAGUCAUACAGGGAAACGAUUUUGCAAGUCUUGGUCUCUCCUGCUUUCCUUAUUAGUUCUGACCAUGCUUUGCGCCCUGGUAGAGAAGGUCACCUUAAUCAAGGGCACCUCAUGUUGUCAUCUCUCCAAGUACGCCAUCAUGCUAUGUUCAGUGAUGAAGGCCGUUCUCUUGACGAAGAUACUCUUGAAUAUGCAUGGUUGGUGGAAGUUCAACUAGGCAAAUUAAGUGGCAAGUUGACUGGUCCUCAGUUGCAUCACCUCAUAACUGGAUUAGAAACAUUUGUGAUGCUGAUAUGUGAUUCUGAGAAUAACAUGAGACCGCCGCACACUCCUAAGCCCUGUAUGCACGGCUUGCCUCCGUUACUGUGCCCAGAGUCAGAUAAUGAAACACGCUUUUCGUGCCCCUCCAGUGACCAAGUAAAAUACCGUAUGACUAGAGUUGCUAUAGAUGAGAUUGAUAUAUACCUAUUGGAGCAAAAUACAGCCAUGGAGAUUUGGGCAUGUCCAAUACGUGUUUCAACCUGCAACCUUCAUGGAAAUCGAAUUAAGUCUGGAGUGACAGCCCUUCUACCUUCUGUGGAGCUUCACCAGUUUGUGGCCACAGGUAGUCACAUUGGUGGAGCAACAGGUAGCAGCACUAACACAACAGGUAGUGGUAGUGGACGAAGCCAACAGGCUAGCCAGCAAGGCACAAAUGGGAAGGGAUCGGGCCCUGAAGGGAGCUCAGAGCUUUGGCUUGAGGUUGGAUCUGUUGCCUUUGGCCCCCUUGUGGUUGAAGCGGCCAUCUCUCUGCCUUCUCCACAACAUAGUUUACAUCUUGUUCAACACAAGUACUUAAAAAUCCAUGAUGAUCGUAUCAAGCGUCUUUGGUUCUUGUGGGGACCUGACAAUGGCCCAAGUGUUAAAACUCCUGCUAAAUGUGGUUGCAUUGGUGGUUGUGCUUUCUUUGGAAGCAACCGCAAUGGGCCCCGUUUCUUUAAGCCCACUCGCCAGGACGCGGCUGAGGGUGUGAAUACAGCGUCCUUCAGAAUACUUGAAGGAGGUAAAGACUUUGGAUAUGGUCAGAGCAUUCUACAUGAAGGCUCUCUUGUGUUUCAUACCCCACCCUAUGGCUCUCAAGAUGUCACUUUAUACGACCCAUUAUGUUCUUCUCGAGUCAACCCUCCAAGUGGAGUCACCACAAAGGUGGUUUCAGCUGAAAGUCCAACAAUGGCCAGUACUGCUUCCCCCAUAUCUCCAAGUCCUAUUGGCGACAAGAGGUCAAUCAAUCGUCGUUUCUCAUACACCUCAUUGGCCAACAAUCGGGGUCAAACUCCUCAGCUGCUCCGUGAUGUUCCUUAUGCUCGCCUUGUUGAUGGUGCUACGUCUAACCUUCUUCCCCAGAAGUUGGACUCUGAUUCAAAACUUCACACAGAAAGGAGUAAAUCAAUUUUAAGUGUGCCUGAAGCUGACCUUGCUCCUAAGUGCAGUGUGUCUGAUUCCAAGCUAGCAGUAGAUUACUUCAACUCCACCCGAAACUUAGUUUUCAAUCAGGUACAAGCUGCCCAGUCUCCAUUGGGGCCUCUUCCAUCUGAUUCAAACCACUCUAUAGAGGAUGCUCUCCAAGAGGUUCAGCGCACCCUCUCAAUGGGCAGCGAAAAUCCAUCUGAGCUGUUUUUCUCAGCAGAUGAAGACCUUAGUAGUUUGGCUGGAGGUACAAGUGGGAGUGUGGCAUGCAGUAGGAACUCCUCUUUGCAACAUUCAGGGUCUACUCUUCAUAAGCAAGAAGCAAAUGGAAUGCAAAGGCGAGCCUAUGGUAGUCAACAAAGCAUGAUUCUUACUGCUGAUCCUGUUGCUCCUGAGACCACAGACACUCGCAAUUCUUUGGACUUGGGUGUGGUUGUUCGAGAAGAAGACAGGCGUUCAUCUCCAAGCCCUCGAUUAAUAAAUGGACAUUUAAAAGACUCUGAUCAUGACGGCCAGAACCCAGACAACCAUCACCUAGAGUCCUCAGACUCCCCAUCUGUUUCCAGCACUUCUUUCCUUUCAGCUGUGUCAUCACAAGAUGAUUUAGCACUGGUCAAUCUGCAUAUGCAAGUCAACAAACCAAUUGUGGAUUCUCCUCUACUUAUGUCCAGCUAUGUCAACCAUCUUUCUCAGGUGAGCUGUGCUAACUGGGCUCACAACUCUUUACCGUGUGGAUGUGAUGCUCUGACUGCUCCUAUGCUUCAACGCACUCAUGAAGGGCGCCUUAUUUACAUUGGUGGCAGAUAUGUCCCACAUUUUGAAUUUUUGACUGAAGGAUUUACUUCUUUGAAAAUGGUAAGUCGAAAUCAGGACAGUCAUGGGACACCUCCACCUCCAUCAAGCAAAACUCCUACCCACCCUUAUACAUGGGGUGAAAGCCCAAACAUGCCAAGCACAAAAUCCAGUGGGGAAAGCAACACAGAUUGUGAGGAAGAGCUCCUAGCUCUUCACACAGAAAUGGGCACUCGCACAACUGUUAUUAUCAAAUUCAAAGGUGAUGUUGAUAUCAUGUUGAGUCCAUUGGUAUUGGAAAGUUUGCAGAGAUUUAUAGAUGCUUUAACUCCAACCUUUGCAACUUUGCAUCCUGUAACAGUCCUCAACCAUCUGCACAAUGAGUGCAUCAGUUCUGUUUGUGCUGCCAAUAUUCUAAAACAUGAUCAGUCCCUCUCUUACCUCUCUCAGCUGCAAGCAAGUAGCAAACAUAGCACCGCUCAGCGAGAAAUAAACGCCCCUCCUCCCACAAACAGCUAUGAGGAAUGUAUUUACACUCAAACGCAAGGAACAAUCCAUUUCCCUAAGGUCAAUGUAACACUACUUCAGGCAUCAUUAGUGGAAGAAAUUAUUUCAUUUGCGGCUUUAGACAAUAUUCGAGACUUGACAUGCGUUUCGCUUUUUGCUGUUUGCCUUGACACAGUUACUGUAAGGUUUCAUGUAGGAAAACAAACUCGAGAAGUUGUUCAGACAUUGAACAGACCAGUGGUCCUUCCUGCCAACAAGAAAUCAACAAGUGGCUACAAGGGCCUUCGUCCUUUCUUGGAGGGUCUACAAAUGCAGGGUAGAGGUGUGGCUCGAAACAAAAUUGGUGCUGAACCAGUGUACAUUGAAACCUCUGACAAGCAAUUAGAGGAAACGAUUGUUGCUCUAAAUGUGGGAAAAGUUCAUGCUCAACUAAGACGUUUCCGUAAUGAAAGCUCUAUUUUAAAAGAUGCUGUCAUCACUGCCAUCCCUGAACAUUGCUCACGUGUUCUAUUCACCUGUGCUCGUGUUUCUUCACCAAGUCGAGGUCUUCAUAUGGAGCCGCCCCAACAGGACAAAGACAUGACAUCCGGACCUGCAGCAGAAGAACGCUUAGGGUUCAUUAUGUUUGAAUGUGGUCUGGAAGGAGUUUCUGUUAAAGUUGUCAAACGCUCCCAGUUAGAUAGAAGGGAAGGUGAGCUGGAAGACAGUGAAGUCGACAUAGCUUACACAGAUUCCGUAAGGUCUCGUGAUGAUCUGGAUGUUACUGGAGAGAGCACGAACCCAUCUCGUUUCAGUCACGCUGAUGACUCAACUUCUGGCAAGGGUGUAAAGCCUUCUGGGAAACAUACCUUGUCAUCUGUCCCUGAAGGGAGUACUGGAAGUGCAGCCUCUGGUCCACAAGGGCCUUUUGCAGAUGUUGAUGCAGCCGCGAGCACAGCCACAAGCAGUGUUGGCAAUGCUCAGCUUGCUCCCGUCAAAAGUUGUAACCAUGCAAACACAUCGUCUUGUGUUAUAGAUCUGCACAAAGUGUGGUUUAAUUUUGCUGCCCCUCCAAGGACACCUAUUACUAGAAAAAUUGACUUUACUCGAUUGGAUUGGAAUUUACUGAGUACUGCAUCUCCUGCUAUCAAUGCGUGGAUGAACCCAAGCAACCGCUUGGCUAUAAGAAUUGUUCACAUGUUCCGCUCCAAGUAUAGAAGAUCCACUGCUAUUGUAUCCAGUCUUAUGGCUGAGGCUCUCGAUGUGCAGAGCAUACACAUGCCAGUGAAGAGUCGUUAUGGGCGUCUCACACCAAUGGCAAAGACUCUUGUUGAAGAUCCUUCUUGUCAGCUGUGUAAUGUGCUUUUAAAAUAUGUUCUACAAACUGACUUAAGCAGUAUUGAAGCCAAUUUACGAGAAAGUGAUUUGCCUCAUUUGUCUACUUUGCGUCAAGGUGUCAUUGUACUUAGUAGGCAAUGGAAGAAUGUGCUUUACACUCCAUUGUUACUUGAGCACAACUUUAAGAGCAAGCACAUCAAGCCAUUGAAUGUCACCUUUGCAGUCCCCGACCCUCAAGAUGAGGAGAAUAUCCUGACAGAUGGAGAAUUGUCUGUUACAGACGAGUGUGCAAUGCUAAUUGAUACAACUCCACAUAUUCAUGCUUCUAAUACUUUAACAUCUCCUACAUUGACACCUCAUGCAGAGGAUGGAGAAGGAGCAACCACCCAAUCAUCUCCACAUGAUGGUAGAAAGAAGAAAGCAAAAAAGAAGGGCUUAGCUCCUUCUCAAGCUCCACUUUCUUGUAGAGCCAGCAUCGUGUUUCCUUUGCUCACCAGCACUGUUCACCGUAAAAGUGAUGCAGAUAAAGGGUUGGGCUAUGGUGCUCUGAAGGAGGAUCAACAACGAUCACCAGUAGCUCAUAACCUUGGCUCAAAUCCAAGCAUUUACUCUGGCGGUCAUGGCAGUAAUCACUCGUUGGGAAGCCAAGAUUAUCACAAUGCUAACCUUUCUCCACCUGCUCCACCUACUAAUUAUGAACCCAAUGAAGAUCUCUACAGUUGGAUGACCAAGCAACAAGGCUUUAUGAAAGGUGGUGAACAUGCCCAGCAUGCUUCAGAUUGGGAAUCAAAGAUAAACACAAUGACUACUGAAGAGACAAUAGAGCAACCGUGUGAUGCGGCAGCCUCUGCUGCUGCAGGUUACAGCUUAUAUCCCAUCCAUGAUUCACUUAGACUGUUGGAUGCCCAUCUCAUUUUUGAACCCCUCCUUUCAAGUUUGGGUGUGGUGCCUCAACAGAUGGUUAACAAUGCUGGUGCAAACAAUGAGACCUCAGCCUUUGAAUCUUGGGGAUCAAAUCUGACUUUAGUUGGAAGCAUGGAUACUAUGCGCAUUGACAUUGUUGUCAGUGAGGCAGGGAAGCCUGCUGAGAAAAAACGCAACAAGACAGCCAUAGGCAAAACUAAAAGUCAAGGCUCCAAGAUAUUUUUAGACAUCCCUACUGACACACCAGCCUUUUUGUGUGAAAAAGUCGCUGUAGAGCUGGAUUUGAGAAAGGUGGCAGACAUGACUGUUGACGAUUUGGUGCAACGGCAGAAUGUUUUAUACAUAAGUCGGGGUCAACUGAAGAAGCACACAAGCACAACUGUAAACGUAAAUUUGAAUAUUCGCUACAUUUCACAACAGGUCAAUAUGCCCUUGUUGCGGCUUUUGCAUCAAAUCAGCAACAUGUAUCAAAAUGUGAAAGAAACUCAAAUGGAACUAAGGGAGCAGCAGCCUGAAGUCACCAAACGUGACUCACAACCUUUGUCCACUGGUGCUCCACUUGCUUCAAAUCUUUCAGGUAUUGGUGCCGUUAAUCACCCUCAUUUUGCGGCAGAUCCGAAAGUGACUGUACCUUCAUACAACUCAAGUGGUCCCAGCAAUGCUUUCCCUCGCUCCCACAGUCAAGUAAAAGUCACUUCACCAUCAGGUAGCAUUCGAUCAUCAUCUCUACGUUCUGCUAGCAUGCAAUCUGCAAGUGUUCGUUCUACAUUGAGACAUCAAAGUUUAGCUCAGAAACUUCGUUCAACUAGCAAAAGUGUGAAAGGAUAUAUGAACUUGACUGAAGGAGUAGAAUGCCUCAGCCCAUCAGGAUCUGCCUUGGAAAGCAUUGUAGCUGCAAAGCUCAUCGAUCCCAACAAUAUAACACCUCGCUGUUGGAAAACAGUGUAUUAUCUUUUGGAUUUAUAUGCAACAAUGCCUGAAACCAAAACGAUUCCCCAUAGGCUCUCAGUUGUUGCAAAUGCUGAUCGCAAAUAUGAUAAAUUUGAGGGUGUGGAUGAUGUAGAAAAAGGAAGCACUGUAGGUGACAACCUCACAGCUUCUACUCCUGUGAUUCAAGACAAGCCAAGAGAGCUGAGUGUGCUCACUGGGGAACGAACUCGCCUGGUUGUGUUUGGUGUUGCUCGAAUCCACCGUACAAGACUUCUUGCUACCUUAAGUGGACUUAAACUGGAGGCUGAAAUCACUAGCCUCCAUUCAAGCUUUAGUUGCCGCAAGAAAACACGACCUGCCAGUCUUGAAUGUUCCCUCAGUGGACAAGUUGGUCGCACAAUGAUUGUUUUGCUUGAGGGAGUAGCGCCCAAUCAGCAAACUGUUGUCAAGGUGACUGUUGGGAAGUCGCAAAUGCUGUACUCAAGCAUGACAAAGCGUUCCAAAGACAAGAACUCUGGCCUUUUGACUGUUGGAGCAGUUAAUAUUGACAUUCCACAGCACCCUGUGGCUCUGCAUGGUAUGAUGACCAGAGGCAGUAAACAACUGUCCUCUACCUUGCAGGAAUUGCGUGUUUCUCGCACUACGAGCCGAGUCAGCCGGGGCGCUGUGCCUGAAGAGGGUGAGGUUCAAGCCCCUCAACAGUCACCACACCCUCAGACAGCCCCCACUGGAGUUCCUCCUCCAUCUGCAAAGGUUCAAUCAGAAUCUAACCUUCUGCAGCCUCUUGUAAUGCAGUUCUCUGUCGUUCUUCAGAGCCUAAGUAUCACAGCUGCUCUUCUACCAUCUUUACAAGCUCAGUACAAAAUGGAUCAAGUUAUGAGUGCAGGUGUAACAGGAAGCAAAGCGAAAUUUACUGUAGAUUUGGCUCAGCAUUCACUCUCUUUCACCACAAAGCUACAGGUUGCUGAGGCAAAUCUCCCUCCAGAAGCAAACAUUCCUCUGCCACAUGUACAUGUAGCUGCAGAGUACAUAUCUGAUAGCAAGAAUCCUAAUGAAUCUAAUUUUGCAGAUGGAGUUGUUCUCCGUCAAGGAUCCUAUCUUAAUGCUGUGGCUGACAUAGGAGAGUUUGAGAAUACUUUGACUACAGAUCUCCUGAACACCCUAGUUUUUGUUCAGAAAGUUUUUAUGAAGGAGGUGAAUGAAGUUGUUCAGAAGGUGUAUGGAGGUGAAAAACCUGUUCCAAUUUGGCUUGAAGGCGAAGAAACCUCAACCUCUGCUAUUGACCGCAUCUUAUUUUCUCUUGCAAUUCGCAUCAAGCGAAUUCAGCUAACAGCUACAACCCCCACUAGCUCUGCUGUGCGUUUGGAGACGGGAAUGGUUGAAUUCCAGCUGUCCAAUCGUGUUCAGAAUGUAUCUGGAGGCCAAACUGCUGGCAAAAUGUUUGGAAAAGCGACAGUUGACAUUAAUCUCAGCCUUGGCCAGUUACUGAGGAAUACUGUGUUUGAUGAAGCUGACAUUGAAUUCCAACAAUAUGCUUUUUUCAAGACAACAAUUGGGUUGAGAAAUGCUUUCCAAGAUGAGACCAUCUCCGCCCAAGGAGAAGGUGGAGAUAAGGAAGUUGUUCUUAUCACUUUGAAGAGACCUUUGAUUUACAUACAACCAAUGGCAGUUGACAAAGCUAUCCUUGUGUGGCUAAACUACAAAAAUGCUUAUGAGUACUGGAAUGAGCAACGAUCCAACCUCACUAAGGAAGUGCUUACUGCAACACAACAGGUGUUCGAUAAGAUGGCCUUGAAUCAGCUGACCAAUCAGAUGACAUCCCCACAUUUGGGUACCCUAUUCCUUCAACUCACAGUUGAAGACAUGGGAAUUUGUGUCCCCUUAAACCCAUUGCCAAUGGCAUCUUGGGGUUUAAACCGACGAAAGAUGUAUGCUGACUCAGAAACUGGAGGAGCUGUUGUGGUCACCCUAGAAAACACAAGCAUAUCCGCAUGCAGUAGUGGCUCAUUAGUCAGCAAGGGAAGAUUUGUUGGGCUGUGCCUGCGCUUCACCGACGAUUUUGAGAUAUCAUGGGAUGAUUGGAAGCCUGACAUGAAUGAUACAAACCUUAUGAAUUUGUGUGUUGUGUCUGAUGGCACAUAUGAAGUGUGCAGCCGUACAAUUGCGCAGAAACAAGGAGGCGAAAAUGCCAAGUGGAUUCUUAAUGUGGGAUGGCAGAUGGAGGGUGUUGAUAUACAUGUUGAUGUCAAUGUGGGUAAACAGUUGUCUGCACUUGGACAUACAUUGACCAUGUUGACAAGCACUGAACAGGAUGACGACACAGCAACUGUGGAAUCUGACUCAGAUGAAACCGAUCUCACAGACGGGCAGCAUGCCUCAGAAAUUUCAAGUCGCGUUGAAAACAUUGGCCUCAGAAAAUCUAAAAACAUGAUGGACAAUCUUCCUGCAUUUGUAUUUGAUCCUACUCUAGAUGCCAAAGAACGCUCUAAAUUGAUAGAAAAGGAAAUGAAUGAGCAAGCAAAGAUUAUUUCUGAUCUUCGCUCUCUUGGUGCAUCCCAUGGAACUAUUGAACAGGAAAUGAAGAGGCUCCAAGAACUGGAGGCUAUGGUUUUCAAAGACUUCAGGAGGGAUAUGAUUCAAAAACUUAGACGACAAAGUGUUAAGGCAUCAUCAAUCAAGGGAAAAUUUGGCUUGGGGUCGAAGGCAUCAACUUUUCGAUCUCGGUCAUUUGUUGUCCCAUCGCCUAUGCCUGAGCACCAGCUUGAAGCUGAAAGCCCUGAAGAGAACAGUGUGUCGGGGGGUUCCCCUCAGUCAGGCCCUUCUCGUUCAGCAUCUUUGCGUAUGCGUGGCAUGACAGCACCCAAAGUAACUUUUAGUGAUUCUCACACUAUCUGCAGACAAUCAUCUUUGCCCAGUGCUAGCUCCGAUUUGAGUUUGGAUUGGACCCCUGGCUCUUCACACAUGGAUGUUGAUGGGGAGACUGUUGAGCUACGUAGAAAGCCGAAUACAUUAGGGACUCCUAGUCAGAGCCAGGACUCAAUAGACGGAUGUGCUCCCCUCUUGGAACCAAACUUGCGAACAGAUCCAGCUGGUGCAUCAAGUCCUAUGAGUCCAUACAUGGUAGCUUUGCAGAAACCACAAGAACCUAACAUUGACUUUGAACUUGAUGUAAAAGUUCUCAUAAAUAGUGGAAAAUGUGUUCUACACACUAAGGAUAGCAGUGUGGCAAAAGAAGAUGAAAUGAAGCUCUCUAGUAGAAUGAAGAAAGAACGUAGUUGUUCUGGAGGAAUGUUGGAGUUUCCUCCUCCAAGCCCAAACAUGAGCAGAAGAGCCACAAAGGAAAUGAAGGGAAAUACUUCAUCAUCUCGCCUACGUUACUUGACAACAGGCACACCAAGCUCUGUAGCUCAACUGAUGGAUCUCACUGUUUUUCACAUUCCUGGUCUUGAUGUGAAGGUGCACUAUGAAUCCAAAACAUUAAAUGAAGAAAACUUAUCGCCUCGCUCCUCAACAGAUCACACAUACAACCCUUUACAUUUCCUGCCUCAAGGAGCACCUGGUGCAGGCCUCCCUCGUAGAUCAAGCACCAAAAAGGCAAGCCUGUUUGCUUGGAUGACUUUGCAGAGUAUUCCUGAAGAGACUAUUAUCAGUCCUCAUAUUUUGGAGUUUUUGGAACAAACUCUAGAACCCAUUCCAUCUCUUCUCCCUAAAACGUCCUUGUCAAAUCCUGGAUCCAUGAAUGCAAUGUUCUCCAUGGACAAUCCAGCAGAUUCAGCACCAAUCUGGGCAUCAGGGACUGGACCUGGCAAUUAUGUGUAUGCCUCUUUCCCUGUAGAUGUCAUAGUAUACUUUCAUAUGCAGCCCUCAACUUUCCGAUUCUCUUGCCUGCCGGUAUCUCGCGUCGAGUGCAUGUUGCAGUUACCAUCCCUAGACAUUGUAUUUUCUUCCAAAAGAGCUGAGGAAGAACUCCAGAGUGAAUUUGGUGAUGGUCCAUGUAAAGCACCAUCUGCUCCAUCUGCUGUUGGUGGCUUGAGUGUCACUGGCUGCUUAUCAGACUUUUCUGUGUAUAUAUUCCAUCCAUACGGAGGCAAAAAAACUGCAUCAAAAGAAGCCCAGUGGUCCCCUUUAACUGACAGUGAACGAAAAGAUUCUCUCAGCAUCAAUGUAGAAUUUGUAAAAGUACAUUUAUCUCGUAGUAGGAAACUAAACUUUGGAAUUGAUCCACCUAAGGGUGGCAGAGAUCAAAGUCAGGCAUGCAUCCGAUUUUCUUCUAUUGUUGACAUUGGAUCUGCUUCAUUCAAAUAUGACAUGCGUCGACUAACUGAGAUACUGGCUUUCCCUAAAGCUUGGUAUCGACGGAGCAUAGUUCGUCGCCUUUUCCUUGGAGACUUAAGCAUGGGUGCUGCUUACAGUGACGGAGAGGAGUCUCCAGCUGGUAGCUUCGAUGGAGAUGUAUCAUUCCCUGUCAAUAACAUGAAUUUAGGCAACAAAAGCAGAGAGAAAUUAAGACUUAAUCUAGACCCUUCAAACAAUCAAUAUUCAGCUCGAUUUUCUGAUGCGAAACGAUGGAGUUUGGAAGGAAAAUCAGGCACUGCUUGGGAGACUCUGGUACUCUUUGCUAUCAAUUUCACAAAACUGAAUGUGCAUAUGAACAUGGGCAAUGUCAUGGGAAAUGUCACGUGGUUGACCAAAGACUUCAAGUCAGAAGGCAGACUUUCAAUUGGAAGCACAGGUCACAAGAAUAUGUUUAUUGGAGUUGGUUUGGGAGGUUCUAGCCUGGAUGCUAAAGGCGGUAUUGUUGGUGGUACGAUUGAGCUGAGCAAAAUAGACACUUACAUUCAUAUUCGUGAGGAUCCUGGCACAGAACCUGACCACAAAGUAGGACUUAAGCUGUUUGCAUUGGAGCUGCGGCUCGAUUAUAUGGGUACAGGAGUUCUUAUGAGCCGUGUAAGUGCUUUAGAUGUGUCACUUCGGGAUGAAUGGAAGAUAAGCAAGAAACAUUCUGAUGAUUCUGCAAACCCUACAAGAAGGCCAGCUAUGAUAUUCAUGCAUGGUGACAUGGGAUGGGACCAGCUGCAAGUAAUGAUUUCAAAGUCAACCACAGCUGAUCUGCUCAAAAUGUAUUACAAACUCGAAGAAUUUUUCAGCCAACAGUUUAAGAGCAGUAAGCGUGUUUUCUCCUCUUUGCAACCUCGAGCGCGCUCAGCUUCAUUCCGCAAGAAACAAGCUGGACACAGUCAACCACGUCAGAAAAAAGUAUCCACGGACAGCUCAGGAAGUGGUGGCCCGUGGUCAGUUCAAGAUGCACGUCAUCAUCGUCAUUGGCAAGGCGCAUUAGCUCAUGUAGCGGGGCUUCAACUGCCCACGCUGCGCAUUCCUUUGCCACAGUCUGGCUCAGUGCUUGGUGGCACCAUGGAACUACAUGGUAGUCAUAUAUCACUUGCCUGUUUCCAUGGCAUCAAUUUCAAAUCAAAAAGCUGGGCCCUGUUUUCGUUGAAAGAGCCGUGUAUUUCAUUUGCAACUGAGGCCCAAGAAGUUCCAUCAAGUGAAACUGUUGACCAUUUGGACGUUCAUGUUGUUCAAACACUCACAUGCAGCCUCGGAAUGACUGCUGAGCAAGCGGCACAUGCACAGCAUCAUAGCAUGGCUACUGUUUGCCGCAUGUCAAGAAACAUUCUCUUCCCGCCUCAAUUUAAGACUCUUCAAGAAUGGUUCCACUAUGCCUUUGUAAACAGUGAAAUGGACGAGCAAGCGGUGGACCAGUUUCCUAGUUUGGAGAGAGAGCGAACAGAGUCUCUUAAUGCUGAUCCAGGGCGGGGAUCUCGACCAACCACAAAGCCACAGGACCUCAAUCACACAAGAGAAGUUAUUUUUGCCCUCCCAUCACUCCAAUUGCACAUUAAAACCGAGCACCUCCAAGCAGCAAGGACACCUGAUAAUAUAGAUCGCAAGCCUGUCGUGGAAUGUAGUUUUAUUACUGAGUUUGAGGACCACAUAUUUGUGACAGUAGAUGCUGAAGCUUUCUUCUUUCUCCAUGACCUAAUUACUUCGUAUGUCAAAGAGAAAGAAAGAGUGGUUGUACAAGCUCAGAGUGGCUUCCGAGCAAGUAGUCCAGAUCCUGAUAAGAAAUCUAAAGAUGUGCAAAUGUCACCAAGUGGAAGUGCUCAUAGCAAUGGUAACAGCACUACUUCAUCAGAUGGUGAGCCCAAACGUAAAGGGUUUGAUCCUGCUGAUGUUUUCACUAAAGACUGGAGGAAUUACCACUGCAAUACAUGGCAUCUCGAACCCACAGUCAGGCUUUUGUCAUGGGCUGGUAAAAGUAUUGAGCCGUAUGGAGUAGACUACAUCCUCCAGAAACUGGGCUUUUCCCACGCCAGGACCACCAUACCCAAGUGGGUGCAGCGUGGCUUCAUGGACCCGCUGGACAAGGUGCUCGCCGUGCUGCUGCUCAGGAUGGUGACCGCCGUGUCCCCGAGCCAGCAUGUCCUCCGCAUGCUGCCGGGCCGUGAAGCGCGUGAAGCCCACCCUCGGUCGGACCGCGCCGACCGCGCCGACCGCGACCGCGAUCGAGAACGAGAACGUGGGUAUAGAGCCGACAGAGAACGCAAACAAUGAAUUAUAUGUAUUAAAUGAAAAAUUUAUUCUGUCAUUUUAAACUUUCUCUCUUAGUAAGUUCUGUAAAUUUGUAAAGGACUCCACACUUGUGAACACAGUUCUGACGCUUGCACUGUCCACCUCUUACAUGUUAGUGGCAACUAAAUUACUUGUGUUGUGUAUGACAGAUAGUCUGUUAAAAAGUGUGUCCUCUCUCUGCUAAUGUACAGUUUUCAAUGAAAGCCACAUGUAUUCACUACAGUAUGUAAAGUAAUUCCAUUUGUCAAUUUUUAAGCUGUAGUCCAGGCUAUAUUUUCUUUUAUGAAUUUCAGUAAAGCAGUUCUGUAUUUGCUGUGGGUAUUAGCAUUAGAAAAGUUAUACAGGCUAUUAACUUGGUUCUGUGAAUCUGUGAUUUACCUCCAUGAAAGGAUUUUGUUGCCAGUAUGAUUUAUUUUUAAGUAAUGACCAAGUUAAGUAGUACACAUAGCAUAUUCAGGUUUUUUUUUAUUAUGUUAAUUUUUGUUCGACUGUAAAUAUGAGGUUGAAGUGAAGAUAAGCAUUUUUAUUUUGCUUUAGAGUUUGAUUCUAAACCAACUGAAUCCUGUAUCUUUGAUGUUUGUGGCUGUGGAUUUACUAGCUUACUGUGUAAACACAUACCUGAGACUUUGCUUUAGAUAGAAAGCUCCUUAGGAAAUCUCCUCAAUUUCAUGAAAGUUCUGAUUUGUGAUUCUUCUUCUUGUUUACAAAGCAACGAAAAGAAAUUAGACUUAUAAUCAUAUUUAUAUCUUUCUGCUCAUCAUAGGAUAUGCAUAUAUUGAAAUGAGGGUGAUAUUAAAGGUAAUAUGGUACUUUAAGUCUUUAGAACCCAAGCACCUUUGGUAACUGUGAACUUCCUAGUAACAUUUAUUGGAUAGCAUCUACAAGGGUUGACCCAUCACAGUGAAAGUUUUAAUUUUGUUGUGUCAGUUAUAGGGAGUAUUAUUGUUAUAUUUUUCUUGUCAGUGGGUUAAGGUAAAAAAUAAAUCUGUGAUCAGAAACUGACUACUUACAUCAAUGAAAUGGUAUAUGCAGUUCUUAUGUAAAUGUAUUUGCAAUGGCAUGUUUCCAACAUUUUAGGGACUUCUUCACUUUUAUCACUUUUAAUGGAAUUUAGGCGUUUGUGGGAUUCAGUGUCAAGAAACUAUUGUGGUAGUUAAUCUAUGGUGUGUUGUAUGUUGCAUCUUUUUGUAUUAUUUUAGACUCAUGCAUCUUCUCUUGCCAUUUUAUCUCAAAAUCCAGGCAUCUCCAAUGUUUUUAACUGUAAUAGUACAGUGAUAUAUUGCUUAUAUAUUCAUUUACUGAAUAUGUUAGUUCAGUUCGGACCAAUCAAUGUAGCUUUCUUGGGUGGAUUCUCUCCUUGUGUUUUCAUUUUUUAUGGUUUUGUUAAAACUUUUUACUUUCCAAAAGCCAAUUUUAAACUUGUAUUCUUAAUUUCUUACCAGUGUUAUCUAUAGUCACAAAAGGUUUGAGAACUUAGUCACCUCUUCUUGGUCUGAUAUUAUUGUAUUAAUUAUGCCAUGUAAAAUGUUGCUCAUUCGUAAGAGCUGUUAAUAAAGGAAAGUGCCAUUUUUUUGUCAUGUAGAAA